AUGGUGGUGAAGGGAGAGAGAAGAUGGGUCCUCGUAAAUCGUGCGGUUCAAAAUUUGGAUUGGAGGAAGACGCUCCUCUGUGAUUUUGAGGGUCCCAUUGGAAAGUAUUGGUUACGUAUCUUCGAAGCUUCAGACCAUCUCCUCCUUGUCACUCUCCGCUUAAACUCCAUUCCCAAAGCCCUCGAUUUUAUCAAUUACCUCAGAAGCAGAACAGAGCACCACCAAGCCCUCUCUUGUGUGUUCGAAGGCGCUCUUGAACUCGCUACGCAGCACCCUAAUUCGCAGAAAGAGCUUCUCAUGCUUCAUAGUUACCGAAAAUCCAAUGGUGAUAACAUUGCUCUCACUUCCAGAUCUGCUUUCCUCCUUUUGAAGUGCCUAGGGGAGGCCCAAAUGGUGGACGAUUCGCUUCUUCUGUUCAAGGAGCUCGACCCCUGUUCCAAAAGUUCCGGAAUUUGCAACGAAUUGCUUAAGGGGUUGUUUAAAUCCGGUUGCAUUGAUGAUGCCCUCCAGGUGAUUGACGAAAUGCUUGAACGGGAUUCUGAUUUUCCUCCCGAUGAUUUCACGGGGGAAGUUGUUUUUGGGGUGUUGGGGAAGCAGGAGCGCCAUGGAAGAAGCUUUGCUGAUAAUGAAAUUGUGGGGUUGGUUACCAAGCUGUGUGAGCAUGGAGUUUUCCCUGAUGCGUUUAAGCUUACCCAAAUGAUAACGAAGAUGUGCCGGCACCGGAAAAAUGGUGUGGCGUGGGAUCUUUUGCAUGUUGUGAUGAGAUUGGGUGGUGUAGUUGCGGUUAAAGCUGCGUCUUGCAAUGCUCUGUUAACUGGGUUGGGAAGGGAGAGGGACAUUCAGCGGAUGAAUAAACUGAUGGCAGAAAUGGAAGAGAUGGGGAUAAAGCCCAGUGUUGUGACCUUUGGGAUUCUUGUUAAUCAUUUGUGCAAAGCUAGGAGGAUUGAUGAGGCACUGGAGGUAUUUGAUAAGUUGAGCGGCAAAGGAGAAGGUAAUGAUAGGUUUGAUGUUGAGCCUGAUGUAACGGCCGUUUGUCCAAUUUAA